GCCAUAUGUUCUCCCUUCACAAUCGCCUAUCGACACUCACAACAUUUCCAGUUCUCCUUCUCUCUCGAGUUCCUUCUCAAACAGUGUCUAUGUGGUGACCGCGAGCAGGGCGAGUUUUAGUUUUCCUUGGUGGGGUGUUACCAUGGCGUCGAGAGCAAUGGUUCUGCUGCUGGUAUGCCUGGUUUCAGCUAGUGCCUGCAUUGCUGCCCUUGACAUGUCCAUAAUGAGCUACAAUGAAGAGAAUCCCAAUGGUCGCACUGAUCUAGAGGUGACACAAAUGUUCGAGGAUUGGAUGGCAAUCCACGGCAAGUCUUACAGUGAUGUUACAGAGAAAGAGAAGAGGUUUAAGAUAUUCAAGGACAACCUCCUGUAUAUCGAUCGGCAUAAUGUGGGAGACCAUUCUUACGAGUUAGGGCUUAACCAGUUCUCUGAUCUCACUAAUGAUGAGUAUCGCUCGAUUUACUUACACCCCAAAGUGGAGGAGAAUAAACUGCGGUCACCUUCACCAAGCCAACGUUAUGAGGUCCAGGAGGGAGAAGAGCUUCCUGAAUGGAUAGAUUGGAGAGACCUCGGUGUGGUUGCAGAAGUGAAGGACCAAGGCCAAUGUGGGAGUUGUUGGGCAUUUUCGGCAAUUGCAGCUGUAGAAGGCGUAAAUAAGAUCGUGACCGAUGAGCUUAUCACAUUGUCAGAGCAAGAAUUGGUGGAUUGUGAUACCACUUAUAGUCAGGGAUGUAAUGGCGGCUACACGGAUUAUGCCUUUGAAUUCAUCAUCAACAAUGGAGGUAUAGACACCGAUAAUGAUUACUGUUACAAAGGUGUAAAUGGGGUUUGCGACGUUGCAAAGAAAAAUACUCGGGUCGUUACAAUUGAUGGUUAUGAGUAUGCACCUUUAUAUAAUGAAGAAGCACUGAAAAAAGCCGUCGCUCACCAGCCUGUGAGUGUUUACAUCGAAGGAUCUGGCAGGGAUUUCCAAAACUAUAAAUAUGGUGUUUUCACGGGAUCAUGUGGAACCAAUACUGACCAUGCAGUUGUAAUUGUUGGGUAUGGAAGCGAGAACGGUCUAGACUACUGGAUUGUAAGAAACUCAUGGGGCAAAUGUUGGGGUGAGGGGGGAUACAUUAGAAUGCAAAGGAAUGUUCCUGGAACUACUGCAGGGAUGUGCGGUAUUGCAACCUACCCUUGUUACCCGACUAAAGAGCCUAUGCCAACGAUCUGCGAUGACUACAGUAGAUGCCCCCCGAGCUCCACUUGUUGUUGCAUGGUUGAAGCAGAGGGCAAGUGCACUCAAUGGGGUUGCUGCCCAUUAGAAUCCGCUACAUGCUGUGAGGAUCAUCGCACCUGCUGCCCUCACGACUAUCCUGUCUGCAAUGUUGCUCAGCACGCCUGUUACAAGAACAACAACAUUCCCUUUGGAGUGAAAGCACAUGAACGCACACCCGCCAAGCCAUUGGAGGCAUGUGAUGUUGCUCAACAUGGAAGCAGCAGCAUCGCCAGUGCAUGACAACGCCGUCGAUUGUUGCUGCCGUCGCCCCAAGCUUUCCCUGUCGGAGGCUCACGGCGUACUGUUCAUCAAUAAAGUAAUACGAAAAUAAAACCUUUCCUUGUCAGGGAAAGGAUGUGUUUGCUUUGUCUUGUCCUUUGUUUGGGAGUGUGGGAAUGUCCGAUUGUUUGUUGUUUUGCAAUCCUGCAUUGGAAACGUUCGUGCAAAUAUGAUGGCUUGUUUUGUUUGCCUAAAUUAAUCCUACGUAUUUUUCUUUCCCUCUGUAC